AUGCCUGUGACUACGACAUUUCGAACGCAAGCCGUCAACCGACCGCGCGCCGUUGAAUUCAACCUCGUUGACCCGCCUGAUAAGAUCACACCUGAAACAGACACGGGUAUCGACAUCAUUGCCAUUCAUGGUCUUGAUACAAAGUCGCCUGAUACCUGGGCAUACAAGACGCCAAAUGGGCAACAGGUCAACUGGCUGGUCGAUCGAAAUAUGCUUUCCAGAGAGGUUCCAGGUACUCGCAUCUAUACAUGCAACUGGCCCGCUGCCAUGUUUGAAGCGAACGACUCGGUUCCUUUUGGAAUCGAAGAGCUUGCAACGUCCCUCCUUCAUGGCCUUCUUGGUUUGAUCUCAAAUAGAGAUCGAAAACUUUUCUUCGUCGCCUCAUGUCUCGGAGGAGUCAUCCUAAUGCAGACUCUUGUUAUGGCAAAGGACAAUUACAUGGCUAUUCAAGAAGCCACACGUGGAAUCAUCUUCCUCGCAACGCCAUUCCGAGGCACUUCAUUUGAAGACAUAGCAGUUUGGGCACAGCCAGGUCUAAGCGCUUUGGCAUCCAUCCGAAACCAACGAUUAAGUGGGCUGCUUGAUUGGGUCAAGGCACCGGAGUCUAAACUUGUGCAUCUUGUAUGCGAGUUCUCACGACUUUGCGUAAAGUACCGUGAUGAGGACUUUAAAGUGGCUACUUUCUAUGAAAAACGGUACACACUCCUCAUUGCUAAGAUUCCAUUCCUUUCGUGGUUGUUGCCUUCUUGGUUGUUGCCUUGUGAAAAGAAACUGCUCGUCAACAUGGAUUCUGCAACACUGGACUGCGUACCAAUCCGACUUCCUCUCGACCGGCCCCAUGUACUGAUGAAUAAGUUUUGUGCUGAGGAGGCAGACUACCGACAGGUUCUAGAGACUAUACGAGGAUUUCUCCAUGUGAUACGGACUGGGACACUUCUUGAACAAGCCGACGCCUGGAUACGUGAAAGAUGCUACACCGAAGACAGGCUCAAAGUUGAGCGGCUAUCGGGAGACCCUGUCGACAAGCAUCAAUCCUACAUCAACCUCGCCAUCGUGAAGCAGGCUGAGAGGGGUAUUUCUGGUCGAGGCCGUUUCGAUGACCAAGGCUCGUUGUCGCCCUUCACGCUUCUCGCGCGUCAAAAGCUCGAGGUGGCAACAAGCGAUGACGAUAUCAGCUUGACAAAGAUUUUCGACCAGCGUGAGAACUCUGACGGUACCCACGUCUUGCCUCGAAGGAUUCUGAUCCGUGGACGUGCAGGCAUCGGUAAGACCACUUUGUGCAAGAAGAUGAUCCAUGAAUUCAUAAGAAAUGGUAUGUGGAAAAGCUUGUUCGACCGUGCGCUCUGGAUUCCUCUACGAAAUUUGAAACAGCGGCCAAGUGCGGGAUAUAAUCUUAGUAAGCUCUUUGACCAUGAGUUUUUCCAUUCUUCGAACGAGUAUGGGAUUGGUGGUAUCAAGCUCUUCUCCCGAGAAUUACACAAGGCACUGAAGCACAAUCGAACACUUUUCAUCCUCGACGGUUGGGAUGAAGUCGUUAAUCUGAGUGGGUCUGGUGAUAUGUCCGUUUUUCUCUUAGACCUACUCAAGCAGCCCAACGUUAUUGUCAUGUCGCGGCCAUCUGCGAGUCUUCCGCCUGACGUCAAAGUCGACCUUGAGCUAGAGACUAUCGGCUUCAAACCGGAGCAGAUAGAUGACUACAUAGAGAAAGUUCAUAUGAAGAACGUGCAUGAGCUCAAAGGAUUUCUCCAGAGCCAUAAGCUAGUUCAAGGCCUUGUUCGGAUACCGAUACAGCUGGAUGCUUUCUGCUACUGCUGGAACGACAUCAAGUUUGACAGAACAGAGAAACCAGACACAAUGACGACACUCUACCAAGCUAUCCAGACGAGCUUGUGGAAGAAGGAUGCUGAGAGACUUGCAAAAGUCGAGACCCAAUCUUUACGUACCGCUGGCCAAAGACAGAUCGAAAAGGAGGUUAAAGAACAGUUGCAGUUCUUGGAGUACCUAGGCUUUUCUGGCCUGGCAACCGAUCGGAUAGAGUUCAGCCAAAGUGACAGAAACAUCGCUAACGAGCAUUCCGACCUCCUUCUGAACCUAGACGACAUCCUGCCCUGCCUCUCGUUUCUGCGGACCUCGGACCCGCUAGCCCGGCCAAACUAUCAACUCUACUACUUCAUACACUUGACCUUUCAGGAGUACUUUGCAGCACGAUAUUUCAUGAGACAUUGGAAAGAGCAAAUUGUUAUGAAGUAUACAGUGUUUGGUGAGAAGAAAAUCAACACGAUUCGCCCUCUUGAUUUUCUGCAAUCUCACAAGUACGAUGGACGAUACAACAUUAUGUGGCGCUUCGUGGCUGGCCUAUUGCAUGAACAAGGUCAGGGGUUUGAACUACUCGAGGAGAUUGAAAAAAAGCCGUUGGAUCUUUUGGGACCCUCUCAUCAACGAUUGAUUAUGCAUUGCUUAAGCGAAAUCCCACGUUCUGAAACCGAACCCCCGUCCUACCGAGCCCGUCUCGAGAAAACCUUAUCGGAUUGGCUUCUGUUCGAAUGUGAUCUCAGAAAACAUGUUCAUAUCCUUCUUGGACUUCUGCGCGACAAGGAAGACUACCAUGACCAGAUCAUGAGGAUAUUGAUGAAUCAGUUCGUUUUGUCUGACAAGCAUAACGAUACUCUUUUUGAAAGCUUCGUGAAACGCAUGAUUUCAGUCCAGCGUGCACACUGGGACGGGCGAAACGAGAGUAGCUUCGAUCGUCCGUCAGCAGUGCGCAGACCGUUUGCCAAGGCUUUCGUCAAGUGGCUGAUGAGCACUAGGAAACAUGGUCACUGGCUCUUAUAUUAUUACUUCAGCGGAGUCGUACCUGAAGUUGUCGUCGAAGUUAUUACUGAGCAGCUUCACAAUCAAGAUCCCAACACACAAAUAGCUGCGCUAAAAGCUUUCCGAUAUUCUCAUGAUCAAAUACCCGCAGCCACUAUUGAGGCCAUCACUAAGCUGAUAGAAGAAGAUCGAGAGUCUGGCAUACAAGUGGCCGCGCUAGAAACCCUCAAGCGUCAUUGGCGCGAAUUGCCCGCAGCCACUAUCGAGGCCAUCACCAAGAUGCUCGAAAAAGAGACAGAUCCUGAUGUACGAAAGGCUGCGCUGGAAUCACUCAUGGAUCAGUCAUCGUUACCUCCAACAAGCCUAAGGGUUAUUUCGAAGCAGCUUCAAGAUCCAAACUAUGAUAUACAAGAAGUUACAUUGCAGCUCUUGCACCUCAAGAGACCAGAGCCUGAUGCUCAAGAGGCUAUAUUGGAAUCGUUAAGAUAUCAAUUAAUACCUUGCACUGAGCUUAUAAGGGCUAUCACAGAAUAUCUUGGCUGUUCGGAGCCCAACAUACAAGCUGCGGCACUGAACGUCCUUAUGCUUCUAUCAAACUUGCCUCAAGCCACGAUGGAGGCUAUAACAGUACGACUUGAGAUCGCAGAACCUGAAGUUCAAAAGGCCGCGCUGGAGGCCCUGAAGUUUGAAUCAAAUUUGCCUCAAGUAACGAUUGACGUUAUAGCAGCGCGACUUGAGAUCCCAGAACCUGAAGUGCAAAAGGCUGCGCUACAAGUCCUCGGAUGGCAACGGGAUUUACCUGAAUCAACUACUGAGGUUAUAAAAGCGCGACUCAAGGACCCCGAUCGUGAGGUAAAAAAGGCUGCACUGCAAGCCCUGCCAGAACAAUCAGAGUUGCCUCAGUCAACAGUUGAUGUCGUUGUUGAGCUGCUAUCUGAGAACGACUGGCAAGUGCAGACGGCCGCUCUAGAAGUCUUGCAGAAUCAUAAAGCGCUACCAAAAGCAACAGUUGAUGAGAUCACCAGGUAUCUUCAUGACCCAAAUGGCAGUGUACGGGAAGAGGCCGUGAAGGCUUUGGGCGCUCACUCACCACUCCCUAAGUCAGUUCUUGAUACAAUUUCCGACCUACUCAAGGAUGAAGAACCUUUUGUCAAAAAUGCGGCUGGAGAUGUCUUAGAGCAGCCAGUCUUGCCUAAGGUCCUCAUUGAUGCUAUUAUACGACGGAUUGAAGAUACAGCGGAGAGCAGCCAUCAGGCUAUCACGAGCGUUUUAGAGGACGCAUCAACAGACUUCUCAGAGGCUUCUCUCAUCACCCUCAUGAGUCAGACGACAUUACCUGAAUCUGUAAUCAACUCCAUCGCUAGAGAGGUUAACAAUCCAGAUCCACGCAUACGAAGGGGAAUAUUAAAGGCCAUGAAAAUCCAGCGACACCUAUCCCAAGGCAUUAUUGAGGCUGUUAUGAUGCAGCUUAGAGCUACAGAAUCUGAUGUACGAAAUGCCGCGCUAGACGUGCUGAAAGUGCAGUCUGAAUUACUUCCCGCAGCUGUGGAGGCCAUUAGUGAGCUGCUCAAGAACCCUGACACUGAGAUGCAAAAGGCAGCGUUAGAGGUCUUCGAUUAUCGGCGGCCGUCAGCGCUGUCACCAGAAAUGAUCGAGACUCUUACUGAGCUGCUGGAGAAUCCCGAUGAGGGUAUAUGUGACUGUGCACUUGAGGUCUUGGCAGGCGGUGAUCAAGAGAAGCUAUAUAGGGUUUUGAAGCAACAGCCAGCGUUUGUGAAAGUAGCUACAGGCAUGUUUGCUGACCUCACGUAUACUGAUGAGGGUACUACUACUGGUUUUGAGGCUACCGUGCAUCCGACAGGUCGAACUCUGGAAUGCAUGUACGAGAUCAUGCUUCACCAAGGCUUUGAAGAAUCACUGAGUCUUCAUAUUCGCGACAAUACGGUCUGGGCCGAUGACAGAAGCGGUCAGAAGAGUUUUAAUCUCGAUAGUUAUCCCUCAUAG